AUGUUGGUUUUCUUGCUGGGUUUGACCUGGACCUUUGGACUGUUGUUCAUGAACCGUCAGACUUUGGUCAUGGCAUACAUCUUCACAGCGUUGAAUAGCCUCCAGGGACUUAUCAUUUUUGUGUUUCACUGUCUGCUAAACAAAACGAGCAACGUGACAAAUGUUCAUAAAAAUUUGUGCAUCUGCCUGCUCAUUGUGCAGGCCCUAUUCGUUGGUGGGGUUGAACAAACAAGCCAGAAACUUGUCUGCGGCAUCAUUGCACGUCUGCUUCACUUUUUCCUUUUGUGCGCCUUUGCCUGGAUGUUCAUUGAAGGUUUACAGCUUUACUUUAUGCUGAUCAAAGUCUUCGAAACGGGGAGAUCUCGCAUGCGUUGGUACUACUUGUUUGCGUACGGGAUGCCACUGAUGGUGGUCGCUAUCGCAUGUGCUUUGAAUCCCCGGGGCUACGGCACCGAACAUUACUGUUGGUUGAAAACGACGGAUUACUUCAUAUUUAGCUUUGUGGGUCCUGUCAUAAUCAUCCUGGUGAUAAAUUUUGGGUUUCUCUGCAUGGCAAUGAAUGUAAUCUGCAGACGGACCAAUAAAACCAUCUCCGCGAACACCAAAGUUCACUCGCAGAUGGGCAAUAUAAGGACAAUGUUAAAAGGUUCUGUGAUGUUGGUUUUCUUGCUGGGUUUGACCUGGACCUUUGGACUGUUGUUCAUGAACCGUCAGACUUUGGUCAUGGCAUACAUCUUCACAGCGUUGAAUAGCCUCCAGGGACUUAUCAUUUUUGUGUUUCACUGUCUGCUAAACAAAACGGUUUGCAAGGAGUAUCAGCAGUUCAUUGAAAAGUAUUGCUGCGAAUUUAAAAAUAAGCUCAUGAACGACAAUGGACCUACCUCGAGUAGUAGCCAUAGCAAUUAUCGUCUGUGA